AUGAGUGUAAAGGAUUUGCAAACGCUCGAGAGACAGCUUGAAGGAUCUCUUUCUGCGAUCCGACAACGCAAGGAGAGGCAGCUUGGAGAUAUAAACAAGAAGUUGAAGAUUGAGACAGAAGGUCAGGGCUUCAAUGUAUACCCAUGGCUAAAUCCGGCAGCCACGGCUAGUGCCACUGAUUUUUCAUUGCAGCCAUCUCAUCAUAAUUUUCUAUUGGAUUGCGACGUUGGACAGUUUUUACAGAUCGGGUUUCAAAAACGAUACGAGCAAGGUGAUGGAUCUUCAGGGCCAAGGAGUAAUGUUGUGGAAUGUGACUCCGAGACUAACUUUGUCCAAGAUUAA